AUGGGAAGACAGAAAUCUGUUUACGAAACAGAUCGUGACAAGCAGCUCAAAGCAUUUCAGGAUGUCACAAAAAAGCUUGAAGCAAUUGCCGCAGGCAACAAAAAAUAUGCCGAACUUUUAGGUAUGGUUUACAGUGUCCUUUUGGAUGAUAAGUCACAAGUUGGUAAUCCAGAAGAUGAAACUGCAGUUCUUAAACUUUUCGAGGGUUUAGGAAUUAGCGAAAAAAUUAAAAUGCAACAAAUUCGACAGCUGGCGACCGCAAUUUCUCAAAGGUCCGGCAUCCCUUACACAAAUCUUCUUAAGAAGAAGGCAACCCUUUUCAGAUGGUAUUCAAUAUUUUGGCCAGAAAUCAAAGACUAUGUAAUACCAGUUUACAAUGAAGUAAUUAAGACGCAUCCAUAG